UGGCUGUCGCUCAGUAGCUUUUCAGUAGUUAGCAGAGUCAGAAGACUGUCUUUCGAUUCGCAAAUUGGUUUUGUGGGACAAGUGGAAACAUGAAAAUCGAAUGGGCUCCUCUCAAUGUUUCGCCGGCCAGGCGUUUGCAAACGGCAAUAACGGCUCUCUUCACCAUGGCGUUCUCCGUGCUGUUGUUUUCAUCCUACCUAUUUGUUGCUGCUUCACUGAUUUAUGGCGGACUCAUACUGCGCAGCUUGAUACUCAUCUACUUGGUCUACAUGUACGUGGACCACAAGAGAACCCACUCCAUCAUUGAUAGCAAUGGGUGGAUGUUAGCUCGUACCAAUUACCUGUAUCGGAGCUAUCGCAACUACUUUCCCGUGGAGCUAGUGAAGACAGUAGAGCUGCCCCCAAACCGAAAUUAUAUUCUGGCCAGCUUCCCUCACGGCAUACUCGGAACUGGAAUCGGGAUUAACAUGGGAGUGGACAUAUCGAAGUGGCUGGAGUUGUUCCCCCAGAUCCGGCCCAAGGUUGGCACUUUGGACCAACAUUUCCUCGUGCCAUUUAUGCGGGAGGUGCUGCGUGCUUGGGGUCUCGUGUCGGUAUCGAAGGAGGCUCUGACCCACAUGUUGACCAAAUCGAAUGAUCCGAAGCAUGCGGACAAUCGCGAUGGCUUCACAUCCAAUGCGGUGGCCAUCCUUGUGGGCGGAGCCCAAGAGGCCAUGGACUCCCAUCCAGGCCAAUACACACUGACGCUGAAGAGCCGCAAGGGAUUCGUCAAAAUGGCCAUACGAACAGGUUCAUCGAUUGUGCCCUCAUUUUCCUUUGGGGAGGUGGACAUAUUCGAUCAGGUGCCCAAUCCCCCGGACUCCCUACUCCGUCGCGUGCAGUCCGUGGUGAAGAAACUGACGGGCGUUGCCCCGCUCAUACCAGUGGGUCGCGGUUUCUUUAAUUACACCUUCGGCUUCCUGCCCCAACGCCGUCGCAUCGUUCAAGUUGUGGGUGCUCCCAUCGAUGUGGUGCAGACUGCUCAGCCGGAUGCCGCCUAUGUGGACAAGGUGCAUGGACAAGUUAUAGAGCAACUCGAGCGGAUGUUCGAUCAAUACAAGGGCCAAUAUAUACCGCAUUCAAAGAACACCAAGUUGGUUAUACAGUAACCUGAAAAACAGCAAUACAAUACAUGGAUAUUUUCAUUGAGACAAUGUGAUCUUCAAUCUGCUUUAAAAGCAUUUAUUAAGAGUAUAAAUACAUACAUAUAUGUUUGCUUAUUUUAAUUUAAUUAUUCUGCUCCCUAUUGUGUUUACUGCUAAUUUCUUGGACUAACAUAUGA